AUGCUUGGCCACGUCCCUCGCCGCGCCUUCUCCAGCCUCAAGAAGACGGCGCUCUUCGACCUCCACAAGGAGCUCGGCGGCAAGAUGGUCGACUUUGCCGGCUACUCGAUGCCUGUGCAGUACACGGCCGGCAUUCUCAAGAGCCACACGCACACGCGCACGCCGGGUUGCGCGUCGCUCUUUGAUGUCUCGCACAUGGGCCAGCUCCGCAUGACGGGCAAGGACCGCUUCCGGUUCCUCGAGAGUAUCGUGGUCGGCGACAUUGCGUCGCUGACGACGGGCGAGGCCAAGCUCAGCUUAAUCACGAACGAGAAGGGCGGGAUCAUCGACGACUGCGUCAUUACGUCGUACGACGACCACCUCUACGUGGUCGUGAACGCCGGCAACCAGGACAUCGAUUGGGCGCACAUGCAGGCGCACCUCGCCAAGUUUGACGGCGACGUCCAGCUCGAGCGCAUUGCCGACCGGUCGCUCGUCGCCCUCCAAGGCCCGGGCGCGGCUGAGAUCAUGGCGGGACUUGUUCCAGCCUCGGUCAACCUUGCCGACAUGAACUUCAUGACGGGCACGUUCACGCGUGUGCUCAACAACGACGUGAUCCUCACGCGCUGCGGCUACACGGGCGAAGACGGCUUCGAGGUGUCGGUGCCGAGCAGCUCGGUGGCCGACUUUACGCGCAAGCUCCUCGCGGACGAACGCGUCCUUGAAGCGGGCUUGGGUGCGCGUGACAGCCUGCGCCUUGAGGCCGGUCUCUGCCUCCACGGCCACGACAUUUCGCCCGAGACGACGCCGAUCGAGGGCGCGCUGGCGUGGACGAUGAGCAAGCGCCGCCGCGAAGAAGGCGGCUUCCCGGGUGCCGACGUCAUCUUGGACCAGCUCAACAACAAGACGUGGACCAAGAAGCGCAUUGGCUUUACGGUCGACGGUGCGCCGGCCCGCGAAGGCACGGAGAUCUACAAUGUCGCUGGCGACCGCAUCGGCGAGGUCACGAGCGGCACGUUCAGCCCGUCGCUCAAGCAGGCGCUGGGCAUGGGCUACGUCAAGAAGGGCAACCUCAAGAUUGGCACGGAGCUCCACUUCAAGGUCCGCAACAAGAUGCAAAAAGGUGUCGUCGCCAAGAUGCCGUUUGUGCCUGCCGGCUACUACAAGAAGGACGAGUAG